AUGAUUCCGAAGUCAGGAAAAUCUCCAGCUGACUCGCGGAAAAGUGUCGGCAUCCAUGAGUUUGCCGCGCUGGCCAGGUCCUCCUUAAACGGCAUCUCCCAGGCUGUGAGGGAUCAUGUGACCAAGCCCACCUCGCUGGCCCAGGGCCGGGUGGCCCACCUCAUAGAGUGGAAGGGCUGGCCGAAACCCGCGGCCCCCCCACCGGGGGCCCAGUCCCACUUCAACUCCUACUGCCACCUGACCGAAGGGGAGAAGGAGGCUCGGUUUGCUGCAGGUGUAGCCGAGCAGUUUGCUAUUGCUGAGGCCAAACUGCGUGCAUGGGCCUCUCUGGACGACGACGAUGAGGAGGAAGAUAUAUUCAAUGAUGAAGACAUACACUCCAAUGGACAGACUCAAAGCUUGACCAGCCAGAGCUCAGACGCCGCCACAUCCGAUCACAUCGACGGCGAGCUUUGCCAGCCUGACUCUCAAGGCAGCGAGCCAGCGACCUCCGAGUGUACGAUGGUCUCUACCGGCAACGGCGUCUGCGACAGGCGUCCGACUCCCAAUAAUCUCCAUCCGUCCCCGGCCGGCUCGGCCUCUGCUCCGCCCGGCGACUGCAUGCCUCCAUUCCUGGAGGAAGAGGAGGAGAGGCUGGAGGCUAUGGAGGAGCAGAUGGCUCCUUUGCAGGAGGAGCAGAGUGAAGUCUGCAUCCACAACAAGCCCGAGUGGAGGCCCCGGGCGAGGAGCAGCAGGUACGACUCCUGCUACUCCACCUCCCACUCCGAGUCCCCCGGGGAGGAGGACGAGGAGGACGAGGAGGAGGAAGGCAACGUGUUUCACGAGGUCCGGGUCUGGCACUGCAGCCCCAGGGGCUUCUUCUCCGACCGGGCCUCCUCCGGAGUGGCGUCUUUCGACGAAGAGGAGGAGAGAGAUGAUAUGGAGGAAGAAAAGAAGGAGGAGAAGGAGUAUUUGAUGUGA